AUCUACAGUCUCAUUCCAAAAGAGAGGAACAGGGAAGAGACAAGGAUGGAAAAGGUUCUUCUGAUCAUCAUCGCUCUUUCAGGGCUGAGCGCUGUCUCCUCACAUGCUGAACGUCAGUACCAUUUUGUUUAUGAAGCAAAGACCAUGUCUGAAGCACAGAGAUACUGCAGAGAGAAACACACAGACCUGGCCACUGUAGACAGCAUGGAGGUUGUGGAGCUCCUGAACGACAUGGCAGGCCAAUACAAACAAUCAGCCUGGAUAGGGCUGUACGAUGACCGGGACAGCUGGAAGUGGUCGAUGUCAGACCCAAGCUUCUACGAACCGGGGAAGAUCGAGUUCAGACAAUGGGCGUCUGGAGAACCAGGCGCCUGGCACCAUGAACAAUGCACAUUUGUUAAUUCUGGUGGAACAUGGGGUGAUCAGGAUUGUAAUCACCCCCUCAGGGUGGUCUGCUUUGAUGUCACAGGGCCGAAUGCAACAUUUGUCCUCAUUGACAGCGAAAUGACAUGGACUGAGGCCCAGAGCUACUGCAGAGAACACCACACAGACCUGGCCAGUGUGAGAAACCUGACAGAGAACCAGCAGAUUGUUGAGCUGUUACCUGGAGGGUAUUAUUAUUGGAUCGGCCUUUACAGAGACCCCUGGAAGUGGUCCGAUGGAAGUAACUCCUCCUUCAAGUACUGGAAAGUAAAUGAACCUAACCACAGAGGUCUCAAAGCUUGUGUGGCUGCAGCUUUCGACAACUCUGGAGAAUGGGAGGACUUGGACUGUGGAGUGGAGAAACCAUUCAUUUGCUACGGACCUGUGCCUGUUGUGCCUGUUACGACUCCUGAGACUAGUGUGCCUGUUGUGCCUGUUACGACUCCUGAGACUAGUGUGCCUGUUGUGCCUGUUACGACUCCUGAGACUAGUGUGCCUGUUGUGCCUGUUACGACUCCUGAGACUAGUGUGCCUGUUGUGCCUGUUACGACUCCUGAGACUAGUGUGCCUGUUGUGCCUGUUACGACUCCUGAGACUAGUGUGCCUGUUGUGCCUGUUGUGCCUGUUUCAAUGAAAGUGAUAAAGGUGAAGGUGGAGAACCCAAACGGUGUGGAUCUGAACGACCCCGCUUUUCUGGAUGCGAUGUUGGUGGAGGCGAAAAAGAACCUAAGGGCCCAGGGAUUGGACGACAACGUCCAACUGGCCUGGAGGAAGCAGCCGGAUGGACAAGUCUUCCACGAGGAGGAGGAGGAGAAGAGGGAUGAUAAACAGCUGCACAUCUACAGUCUCCGUCCAAAAGAGAAAAACAGGGAAGAGACAAGGAUGGAAAAAGUUCUUCUGAUCAUCAUCGCUCUUUCAGGGCUGAGCGCUGUCUCCUCACAUGCUGAACGUCAGUACCAUUUUGUUUCUGAAGCAAAGACCAUGUCUGAAGCACAGAGAUACUGCAGAGAGAAACACACAGACCUGGCCACUGUAGACAGCAUGGAGGUUGUGGAGCUCCUGAACAACAUGGCAGGCCAAUACAACCAAUCAGCCUGGAUAGGGCUGUACGAUGACCGGGACAGCUGGAAGUGGUCGAUGUCAGACCCAAGCUUCUACGAACCGGGGAAGAUCGAGUUCAAACAAUGGGGGUCUGGAGAACCAGGCGCCUGGCACCAUGAACAAUGCACAUUUGUUAAUUCUGGUGGAACAUGGGGUGAUCAGGAUUGUAAUCACCCCCUCAGGGUGGUCUGCUUUGAUGUCACAGGUAAGAAUAUAAACUUCAAGCAUGUUAAGUAG